UCCACCAUGGAAAUAGAAAAGGAAAUCCUCAGUUGACUAUCUCUAUUCAUCUCUCGUUACUGUUCUGCGUCCUAUUGUACUGUAAGUUAACAUGUUAUGUGGCUUCAUACUAUUGCACCCAAGUGUUCGACAAAAUGUCCCAGUGAGAUGACAUUGCAAAUUGAGACUGAAUGUUAAAUAUUGAAACCGUCCUACGCCAAUGAUUCAAUAGCUUUUCGAGCAUAAUGUCGCUUACACGAAAACUCAGCCUUCGGGCGACGGCAAAUUACAUUUUACACAGAUUCAGUAGAAACUCCAAAUGCCCGUGUGUUGCUAACAGGUACCACCACAAGUCUUUCUCUCACUCGUACAGCCAAAACAGUGUCUCGACAUUUUGCCUGAAAUACGGACAUCCAUCGAACAAUUUCACAACAAUGUCCGGCGGCACAAUUCUAGUCCAAGCUCGAGACACAGGCAAACUUCUUGAGGAGCUGGAAAUUGCAGUAAACGAGCGUAGACUUACGAAUGCAUGGGAAUUACACGAGCAGCACAUGCGGGUCGAAGGGUUUGCCAGAAAAUCCACCGUGACAAAGCUGAUUGCUGGAUUAACAGAGAGUUUAGACAUUCAGUGGCUCGAAAAGGCUUAUAAAUUGGUCGAAAACGCCUUUGAGAACCACAAGCAAACUUUAUUCGACAGGGAGAUUCUCAUUUAUCUGUCUUUGGGCCUUUCUAAAAGUGGGCUACCUAUUCUUGCAUCCACUCUUUUGAGGAAACUAAUUGAAACAGAACAAUACCCUCCUGUGACAGCUUGGUCGGCAGUUAUUGCUCAUAUGUCGGAGAAUUCAUGUGGGGCCUACUUAGCAGCUGAGUUGGUUCUUGAAAUAGGUUACUUGUUCCAAGAUGGGAGAAUCGAUCCUCGGAAAAAAUGCAACGAGCCUUUAAUAUCUAUGAAGCCUAAUGUAACCGCUUUCAACAUUGCUUUGGCGGGUUGUCUUCUUUCCGACACUACUAAGAAAGCGGAGCAGCUUCUUGAAAUGAUACCUCGUAUCAAUAUGAAAAGUGAUGCCACGUCAUUAAUCAUCAUCGCCCAUAUUUAUGAAAGAAACGGUCGGAGAGAGGAGCUCAAAAAGCUUCGGAGGCAUAUUGAAGAAGUUCACAGCGUGACAGAUAUUCAGCUUCGCCAGUUCUACAGCUGUCUGCUUUCUUGUCAUUUGAAAUUCGGGGAUUUGGAUUCUGCCUCUGAUAUGGUCCUCGAAAUGCUUCGUAAAGUAAAGAAAGCGCGGAAUUCAAUCGGUGUGGCUAAUCUAGUGUUCGAGACCGAAAAAAGAGGUAAUACGCCACCUCAUCAAGAUUCUACUACAAAAUCCGAUGAAGCUAAAAACCCAGUAUUGCUUCGACGGAAUUUCUUAUCUUAUGAAGAUUUCUGUUACGACAGAAAGUUUUCAAGGCUUGAAUCCGAGGCAAAAGAGUUGCUCGAUGCCUUUGUUGUGAAGUUGCAGGGGCAAGUUGAACUGAUUACUACCGAAAGAGGUGUUCUCAUGCCAACGGAGAGAACUUAUAUGAGAUUGGUUAAAGCUUUUCUAGAAGCUGGUAAAGUAAAGGAAUUAGUCGAAUUCAUGAUCAAAGCAGAGAAAGAAGAUUCUCCAGCAUCUACGGAUAAUUCAGUACUCGUUUACGUAAUCCACUCGUGCAUUUCUCUCGGUCGGCUAGAUCAGGCGCACGAUCUUCUAGAUGAAAUGCGCUUAGCUGGCAUUAGGACAAGUUCAUCUGUUUACAACUCCCUCUUAAAAGCGUACUAUCAAGAAAAUCGGAUCGGCGAAGUAAAAUCAUUUUGUUGAGCGGCUCGAAAAGCCGGAAUUCAAUUGGACGCAUCCUCUUACGAAGCUUUGAUCCACUCCCGGAUCGAAAAUGACACAACGGGUGCACUCAAUCUGUUCAAGGAGAUGAAAGAAGCUAAAAUACCGAGAAAUGGCAAUCAAGAAUUCGAAAAGAUAGUGAAAAAUAAUUCCAGGGAAGAAUCCCAUUUAAUGUCGAAGCUACUGCAUGAAAUAAAAGAAGGGCAAACGGUGGAUUGUGGAGUACACGAGUGGAACAAUGUGAUUUACUUCUUCUGCAAGAAACGGUUAAUGCAAGAUGCGGAGAAGGCAUUGAAGAAGAUGAGGGAUUUGGGGCACAAUCCGAAUGCUCAGACUUUUCAUUCGAUGGUGACUGGAUACGCUGCGAUUGGUGGUAAAUAUAUUGAGGUAACUGAGCUUUGGGGGGAGAUGAAAUCGUUUGCGUUUUCGAGUGGGUUAAUGAAGUUCGAUGUUGAGCUCUUGGAUGCUGUGCUGUAUACUUUUGUGAGAGGUGGGUUCUUCGUUAGAGCUAAUGAGGUAGUCGAAAUGAUGGAGAAAGGCGGUAUGUUUGUUGAUAAGUAUAAGUACCGUGCGCUGUUUUUGAAGUACCAUAAAAAUUACUGUAAGGGGAAGACACCGAAAAUUCAGACAGAGAAUCAGUUGAGGAAGAGAGAGGCAGCAUUGGCCUUCAAGAAUUGGGUUGGUUUAUGAUUUUUCUUCUUCUUCUUUUUUUUUUUUUUUUUUUUUA